AUGGAACUAACUAACCUUGGAAAAUGUCCUAUAAAUGGUUCACCGCGGGAAAUUGCUGAUUAUCUUGAAUGCUUCGAUGCAUGGUGCAUUUCAAAGAAUGUUCGGGAUGACAAAAUUCCAGCUCAUUUCAUUACUGCUAUUGGGAUAGAUGUGUAUAGCCUACUGAAGACUCUGUCGUUUCCAGAUGAACCCAUUUCUCUGGUCCGUGAACUCCUGAUAGGUCACUUCCAUAUAAAUACUUUUGAGACACAAGAGAGGGCCCAUUUCAACAAACUGGUUCGUACUCCCAACGAAAAGAUUAGAGGCUUUAUUCUCCAACUUCAAAUACAAGCUUCAAAGUGCAACUUUGGAGAUCAGCUGCAUACUCAACUACGUGAUCGUCUAAUUGCUGGAAUCAAUAUUCCUAAGUUAAAGAAAGAGUUAAUUCAGAUUCCUUCCUGCACUUUUCAAACUGCUAAAGAUUUAUGUAUUACAUAUGAAGAUGUCAAUAAUGAAUACUCUGCUCCCACUACUUCAGUAUCUGAUGCUUUCUAA